GUCAGGCUUGGAGCUCAACUGCGGCUUCACCUCCAACUUCCAUCUCUUAUCGUCUGCAUUCAUCUCUUUUUUCCCACAUUACUCCAUUAUACCUCCCUUUGCGAGCUUCCUCAUACGUCGCCACCCUCUGAUACUCUGAGUCACUCAUUUGCUAUUCGGAGUUUCUGUAUAGGAAGCUACUAUUCUUGACCUGUUCUGUAUCUCUUUCUCCAAUAACUCACAUCCCGUCAGCAGCAAUGGAGCGACUUGGUCGGAUGCUUCAAGCCGCCCAAAGUAUGGGCAUGGGGGGUGCGGCCCCUGGUGGUGAUACUCCUAACCUGAUCGAUAACUCCGAAACCGUACAUAUUUCAUCGCUGGCUCUAUUGAAGAUGUUGCGACAUGGUCGGGCAGGUGUGCCUAUGGAAGUCAUGGGUUUGAUGUUGGGAGAGUUCGUGGAUGAAUAUACAGUUCGAGUGGUUGAUGUAUUCGCAAUGCCUCAGAGUGGUACUGGUGUCAGUGUUGAAGCCGUGGACCCCGUGUUCCAGACUAAGAUGAUGGAUAUGCUUCGCCAAACAGGACGGCCAGAGACUGUCGUUGGCUGGUAUCACUCCCACCCUGGUUUUGGUUGCUGGCUCUCGUCUGUCGAUAUCAACACCCAGCAAUCUUUCGAGCAGCUUACCCCGCGCGCUGUCGCCGUGGUCGUCGACCCCAUCCAGUCCGUCAAGGGUAAAGUUGUUAUUGAUGCCUUCCGUCUCAUUCAGCCCCAGACUGUGGUCAUGGGCCAGGAACCUCGGCAAACAACAUCUAACUUGGGCCACCUGAAUAAGCCGUCGAUCCAGGCACUUAUCCACGGUCUUAACAGGCACUACUACAGCAUCGCUAUCAACUACCGCAAGACAGGGUUGGAAGAAAAUAUGUUGAUGAAUCUGCAUAAGCAUGUCUGGACGGAAGCAUUACAAAUGAAGGAUUUCCAUGAGGAAGGUCAGCACAACGUUGAUCAGAUGAAGCAGCUCGUCAGUCUUGCCGAGGGGUAUGAAAAGCGGGUUAAGGAAGAGACAGAGCUCACCAAGGAUCAACUCAAGACGAGAUACGUCGGAAAGGUUGACCCCAAGAAGCACAUCGAAGAUGUAAGCCAACAGCUGAUUGAAGAUAAUAUUGUCGCGGUCUCGCGGCAGAUGAUUGAUAAGGAGGCCUCAGUGGCCCGGCAAUCAAACGGAAAAGAAGCUCAGAACGGUGCCGGUAUGGAUGUGGACGAAGACCUAUAGAUGAUUCGCCAGCAGUUAGGAGGUGUAUCUUAAUAACUGUCUGGGAAUCAGGACAGUAGUAGUCCUGCAUCAUAGAGACAACCAUCAUGCACGGAGACAACUAUAAAUAAAUGACGUUCCAACUCAUACCAUACCAGUCAGUCACUGUACAAGGAAUUAUUUGGUGGGCUCAAUUG